GCUCAAAGUGAAACGGCCAAACGAAGAAGACGUAUCGUGUGUGCUCAGACUUGUGCUCUCAAAAUUUUUGGUCAACUACAUUAUUCAGCUCUGUUUAGAGUUUUAACUAAAAAAGAUCACAAGCCAAAAAAAAAAAAAACAAAGAGAAACCUAAAGAAAUAUCAACCAAAAGUGUGCAAAAUCCAAAAGAUUCUACAAUCCGAAUCGAAAACAAAAACAUAAGAACCACAAAAGCAGCAGCAGAAAGAGACACAGAGAGCAGCGAAAACUUAACUGCGAAUUCAGCGGCUGAAGCAAAGCAGCGGAGCCCAAGUGCAAGCGAGACGGCAGCAGAGCUCCGCUGCAAGGCAACGGGAUAGAAAGAGAGAUAAAUAGAGAGACAGCGCAGCAGCGAUAUAGAGUGAGAGCAGGCGGGAGAGCGAGUAGCGGCAGCGACAGCAACACAGCCACAAAAGAGAUCGUGAGAGGGAGGGAGAGCUAGACGACGACCUACUACACAAAAAAAGGCUCUGUGGUCGCGAUUACCAGCGUCUACGACAAGCUAGAAAACAAAAAAAAGAAAAAAUCAUUCAAAUAAUUAAGACUGCUAAACGGAACAACUAAAAACUACAAGCAAAUUUAACCAGGAGAAAAGAACGGAAGACUAGACAUAAUCAUAAACAUAGUAGAUAGAAUUAGAGAACCAGCAAACCCAACAACUAGAACACUAAGAAAACAUUAAUUCUAAUACAAAAUCACACAUAAAAAAGUAUUUUUUGGCCUUAAGUGCAAACAUACUCACAUACAAACACAUACAUACACAUCCACAUGAACGAAACAAUGGAAAGAAUGUAAUACAACACCAAGGAAGAAUCACCUUUAGCCUUAUAUACAAUUAAAUAUAAUUAAGAAGCUAGCAAGAAAACGCAGAGCAAGAGUCCUAUCAAGAAACCCAAAAAGAUAACAAGAAAUAUUUUUUUAACGAUGGGCAGUGCGUAAGUAGGCAUACAGAGAAAAAAAAAGAACUAUUACACGAUAUACAGUAGAUAUAAAGAGCCGCAUAUCCACACCGCCACAGUCACACAAACACGUCAAAAAGGGGGAUGGUUCCCCGACUCGAAUACUUGAAGAAUACCAAGUAGCUAGAGACUUAAGGAACGAGGAUUUGUUUCCGGAACAUCCGGUUGAACAUCCGGACGAAGAUUCGGAUAAGGAGAACCAAUCGCCGAAUCAAUCCCCCAAUCCAAGAGCCAUCGGUGAUUGUGAGCAAGGACCUGACAUUGGUAAAGAUACUCUAAAUCCCAACGAAGCUGACCAGUUUUCGAGCGAAGAAGUUGAGAAGAACGAAGCCAACAGCAGCUGUAACGAGUCGGGCGGGGAUGCUCGCAAUUCUAGAGAUCGUUUAAGUUCCUCUCAUAGCGAGGACGAACAGCUUAACCAAGAAUAUUCAACUUCAUCAAGCGGAAGCACCAUCGGAAAUCGUGAGCAAGGCUCUGACGUUGGUAAAGAUACUUCAAGUCGCAACGAAGCUGACCAGUUUUCGAACGAAGAAGUUGAGAAGAACGAAGCCAACAGCAGCGGUAACGAGUCGUACGGGGAUGCCUGCAAUUCUAGUGAUCGCUUAAGUUCUUCUAAUAGCGAGGACGAACAGCUGCACCAAGAAUAUUCAACUUCAUCAAGAGGAAGAACAAGGGAAUAUGCACAAUCUGACUUGAAUCCCGGGUACCAGGACUUGAAUAUCGGUAACCAGGACUUGAAUCAAGUUAAUCGCGAGUACCAGGAGUCUAAUAACGAGUACCAGGUUUCAAACCAAGAGUACCAGCACUUGAAUACCGAGUACCAGGAGUUGAAUCACGGCGAUCAGGACUCAAAUGACGAGUACCAGGAGUUGAAUCACGGCAACCAGGACUCAAAUGACGAGUACCAGGAAUCAAAUCACGGCAACCAGGACUCAAAUGACGAGUACCAGGAGUUGAAUCACAGCAACCAGGACUCAAAUGACGAGUACCAGGAGUUGAAUCACGGCGAUCAGGACUCAAGUGACGAGUACCAGGAUUUGAAUCACGUCAACCAAGACUCAAAUCACGAGUACCAGGCUUGGAAUCACGAAUACCAGGACUCAAAUCACGAGUAUCAGGCCUUGAAUCGAGAGUACCAAUAUCCUGAAUCUGAUGAGGAAGAGGCCGCUAGAAAAAGAAACAUAUAUACCCGUUUACGAUCCUACGCUUGUCAGGUACAUCUCCCUCGUUUAGGAGAAUCAGAAGUUGAUAGCGACGAUCGUCGCCAUAACCCAAUCAAUCAGCCAUUCAAUCAGCCAAUCAAUAGGCCAAAUCAAAAAUCGGAUUCAUCUUUAGAGUCAUCUUCGCCGGAGAGACAAGACUCUGAAAGCGAGUCGCGACAAGCUUCAGAUGAGGAAUCGUCUUCUGGGGACUCGGACUACUUAAUCGAUCCAGUUACUGGGUGGCUAUCGCGCCGGCGAGAAACUUCUACCGAACGCGAGGAAAAAAGCGACCAAAGCCAACAGGAGUCGUCAGAGGAAAUUACAGACGAACAGAAGGAAGAAAGCGACGACGUCGAACAACAGUCGCCGGCUGAACAUACUUCUUCUGAUAGACGCGAUCAUUCGCCAGACAAGCAACAGAAUAAGCGAAAAUCGUUAGGCACUGGGAAUUCUUCGUAUUCGAAGAAACCAUUAUUGGACGGUGACAAAGGAGACCCACGUUCACAUUUAUCGUCUCUGGGAAGUCGCAGAUCCUUAAAGCGUAAAUGGCCUUUUGAUUGUACAGACUCUAAGAAAUUUAAACCAAACUUGCAGAGUGAGGAAGACAAAUCUGAGGAGGAAAAACGUGAAGAUACGGAAAGCGAAUGCUCUGACGAAGAAGACUCAGAUAGUUCAAGUUUCGAUACAGAUUCAAAUUCAGAUUCAGAUUCAAAUUUAGAUUUAGAUUCCGAUUCCGAUUCCCAUUCCGAUUUCGAAUCAUCUUCAAGUUCUGAGGAAUCUGCCCAGGAUCCAGCUCCUGAAGGCGAAACCGAUCAAGAUCCAGCUCCUGAAGGCGAAGCCGAUCAAGAUCCAGCUCCUGAAGGCGGAGUCGAUCAAGAUCCAGCUCCUGAAGGCGGAGUCGAUCAAGAUCCAGCUCCUGAAGGCGAAGUCGAUCAAGAUCCAGCUCCUGAAGGCGAAUCCGAUCAAGAUCUAGCUCCUGAAGGCGGAGUCGAUCAAGAUCCAGCUCCUGAAUUCGGAACCGAUCAAGAUCCACAUCCUUAUUACAACGAUCAGGAUCCAGCUCCUUAUUACGACGAUCAGGAUCCAGCUUCUUAUUACGACGAUCACAUUUGUGAUUCUGAGGAGGAUUAUAAACCAUUUAUCUUCUCAAAGGAAAGGAAGUUCUUGAAAUUCGUAACAAAUCCUUUAGGGGAUGAUAAAUCUAGUUUGGACCUUAGCAUACAGCUCUAUAAGGUAUUUGGAGCUUACAAACUGGAAGACGUAUACAGCAGUAUUGAUGAGGAAGGCCAACCAGAACAGGACCUGCAACUGAAGCAGCAACAGAAACAUUUAAAAAAAUAUCAAAAGUUGCAACUGGUGGUAUUCUGGCACCAGGAGAAAUUCUUUUCAAAGGAGCAACUGUUGCUAUAUGAGUAUCUGAAACUACUUUUGCAGAAAUUCUUUCCACAAGAGCAACAGGAGAAACGGUUGCAACAGGAGAAACUUUUGCAACAGGAGAAACUCUUGCAACAGGAGAAACGGUUGCAACAGGAGAAACGGUUGCAACAGGAGAAACGGUUGCAACAGGAGAAACGGUUGCAACAGGAGAAACGGUUGCAACAGCAGAAACUCUUGCAACAGCAGAAACUCUUGCAACAGGAGAAACUCUUGCAACAGCAGAAACUCUUGCAACAGGAGAAACUCUUGCAACAGGAGAAACUCUUGCAACAGGAGAAACAAUUGCAACAGGAGAAACACUUGCCACAGGAGCGACAGUUGCAACAGGAUAAAGUCUUCCUACAGCUACGACAGUUGCAACAGAAGAAAGAACUGGAGGAGCAGCGAGAGCGAAAGCGCCACCUCUUUGAGCAACAGAAACAGUUUGUCCUAGAAAAAUUGCGCCAACAGAAGGAGCAGCAUCGUCGUCAGCAAAAUCGCGUAAAACGCGAACGUAAAUUGCGCCAGAAAAAGGAGAAACAGCGCUUGGAAUACGAACGAUUCUUGAAGGAAUAUAGGGAGGACUGUAAACGUCAGUUGCGUUUGCAGCGCGAGCAUUAUCUGAUCAAGAUUAAGCAGCUGGAGAAGGCCAGUCAGCGCUCGUUGAAGGGGAAUCGAAAGCACAAGCUGAUGCAAAACGAUAUGGUCAGCAUACCGGUGGCCAAUUUGAACGGCGGCCUUAAAGCGGCCAGCAGCGGUUCCGGAGUUGGUGUAGUGACCUCCGGCGGCGUCGUAUCCUCGGCGGUGCUGGCCAAUGCCCCACGUGUAUACCUAACGCCCUCCUCCACAUUCAUGACCAAUCGCCAAAUGGCGGGAGUGGCGUCCACCGGAAGAAUGAGCGGACAAGUCGUCGGUGGUUCAUCUGGCACAGCCUCAACAGCCGGUACCGUUCGCUAUUUUUCGCAAUUCAGCAAAAUGCAAACGGCCGGCGGACCCAGUUUGCAAAGGAAACUUGCCAACGGGGAUACCAUUGUUCUGGCAACCGGCAGUAAAAAUAUGUUCCUUACUAGCAGCGAAAAUAAGGCUAAUCUGCCGACCGUCGCCAGCAAUGGCAAUGGUCUGAUCACAGCCAAAAUGGAUCUAUUGGAGGAGGAGGUCAUGCAGUCGAUAACUGUGAUUGAUGACGAUGACGAGGAGAAAAAGGAAGUCGCUGAAGACGAAGAAGAGAGCAGCAAUAAUGCCAAACCCAUUGACCUUCACCAGCCAAUUGCUGAUAAUGAGCACGAGCUGGACAUUGUGAUAAACAAUGUGGUCUGCUCGUUUAGCGUCGGCUGUCACCUGAAGCUGCGCGAAAUUGCGCUGCAGGGAUCAAAUGUGGAGUACCGUCGCGAGAACGGAAUGGUGACAAUGAAGCUCCGCCAUCCAUACACCACUGCCUCGAUUUGGUCGUCGGGGAGGAUUACCUGCACUGGUGCCACUUCCGAGUCAAUGGCCAAGGUCGCUGCACGCCGCUAUGCCAGAUGCCUUGGCAAGCUGGGAUUUCCCACUCGUUUCCUCAACUUUCGCAUUGUCAACGUACUGGGCACCUGCAGCAUGCCGUGGGCCAUCAAGAUCGUCAACUUUUCGGAGCGCCAUCGCGAGAACGCCAGCUACGAGCCCGAGCUGCAUCCUGGAGUGACUUACAAGAUGCGCGAUCCCGAUCCAAAGGCCACCCUGAAGAUCUUCUCCACCGGCAGCGUAACAGUCACCGCGGCUAGCGUAAACCACGUUGAAUCGGCUAUCCAGCACAUAUACCCGCUGGUCUUUGAUUUCCGCAAGCAACGUUCGGCGGAGGAGCUGCAGCAUCUGCGUCAAAAGCAGCGUCUGCAAGCCGGCGGUGAUCCCCACGAACUGGAGAAAAAUGUCUUGGCCGAUAACAAGACUGCUUCCCUUGAUAAUAUCUUUGUUAAUACAACAGCGGCGCACUCUAAAUCAUCGUCGAAUGACCAAACAUCAGCACCCGCGACCAUCUUGUCCAGCACAGUUGAUAGUAUGCCUCGUCUGAAACAGAUGGUCAACUAUCACCAGAUGAUGAAGCAAACCCAGGAAGAGCGCCGCCAUAUAAUGUUUAAUGGGGAGAAGGCCAAUCCGGCCUCCACCUCAUCGGCGGCAGCAGCUCCCUCCACCUCCUCCUCAUCGUCCUCAUCCGGGGAUAAUAUCUGUGCCAAUGCCCGUCGCCGGGCCACCGAAUGCUGGGCAACCAAGCUGCAGAAUAAGCGUCCACGUUACAAUGAUCCCGGUACCACGGGCACAAUUAACGCCGCAUCGUCCACAGCAUCAGCCGCCACAUCUUCGUUAGCCUCCCAGGCGACACAUCUGCGUAAUCCUCUCAAGACGGCCGCGUUGGCCAAUGCACGUAUGUUAGGCGCCAAGGUGACAACAUGCACACGCAACAGCAUAAUCGUGCAGCAGCCGCAACGUAUCCAAAUGCAGCAGCAGCAGCAACAGCUGCAACCGCAGCAGCAACAGACCAGCUUCUCGCCCAGCGAAUUCGAUGUUGAUGACUUGAUCGAGGAGGAGGAGAACAACGAAUUGGAUAUGCCCUUCUAAGCUAGCGCUGCCCGUGCCAAAAAAAAAUUUCAACUAAAAUGGUUCAAAUCGAUGAUGAAACACUACAACACUAAACACGCCACACUCACAAAUAGCCACGAGCUUCUUUUCGAAUUUGUUGGUUAUUCGUUCAAGUCAUUUUUCAUCACAUUUAUUUUCGUGUGCUUGCCGCAUUUAAACUAAACUCGAGAAAGCCUGGACACCGAAGCGAAAAGCACCCACAGCGAAGCAACAACAACAAACAACAAACAAAACACCGCAGCAACAACAAAAUCAAGAGCCAAAUAUUUAAAAUAUAAGAUUUACGUUUAAACUACUUUGUAAGUUAAGCGAGCACACCAGAAACAAACAAGCAGAGAUAGCGAAUAGAUGAUUUCGAUCCCGAAGUAUCCCAGAAACCUCAAUAACAUCUAGAUGGUAAGCAAGGGAGCUUACCACACGGUAAACAUAAGUUUAGACUUAAAGAAAAUACGUAUGCGACAGCGUUUUACGUAUAUAACCGAAAUCUGUGGAUAGCCUGGAUGAGUCACCAUCAAUCAUCGCAAUUGCAAUCAAUUGUGGUGAAAGUAAGAGAACACACAUGUAGAACUAAUCACCAGGACAGGAAGAGGACGAUACGAGCAAGGUGCCCAGGCGGAUCGGAUCUCGCAGCUUCCUAUCUUAUUUUAAAUUUUUUUUUGAAGCUGAACUCCAAUUCAGUUCUGGCCAAGCAAACUACAAUUCUCAAGUAAAAAUCCGUGGAGAGGAGGUGGGGCCAGAGAAAAGCCCACUAGGAUAGUUAUCAAUUAUCUGAAGAACAACUGAUUAAUUUCUUGUAUAUUCAUAGGAAAUUUUUUUUGUUUUCGCUAUAAGUCCUACAUAAUAAAUGCUAUACAUAAGUGCUGCGUGUGGGCGCAUAACAAACGAAACGAAAUGCGUUUGAAUGCGAUUAUAAUAUUAAUAUUAUUAUGCAUAUAUACAACACACACAAAUACCUAUAUCUGGUCACUUCUAACCAAUUAUAAACAAAACUGGAAAAGCAGAAAGUAAUUAUGUAUGUUUUAAUUUGUGCUGGCAGUUUUUGUGUUGCGCAGAAACUCGAAUCGAAUUAAGAAUGAACUCCUGUAAGAUGAUGACAAAAAUAAAAAAAACAUUGUAAUAGGAUAGAGGGAAGAGGAGUCGAUUAAUGCGCGACUUAUUAACAAUAAGCUGAAACACAUAUAUAUAUAUAUAUAUAUUGUAAUGUUUUUUUUUUUUGUAUUUCGCUUAAGUGUAGAUUUACAAACUUGUUCCUGUGUUGUUAAAAUCAGAAAGUAAAUAUUUUAGUUAACUUAACGAAGCAUACGCAUACACAAACACACUCACACACACACACACACAUACGUAUACAUAUACAUAAUAUUAAGGCAUCCAAACAAACAACCAAACAAACAAACAAACAAACGAACGAACGAAUCAUAAGCAAUAAUAGAAUGUUUUCGUUGUAAAAGAGGUAAAAAUAAAAACAAAAACUAAUGAAAGAAAUACUCACGUUAAACAUAAAAUAACAAACUCUAGAUGUUUUGGCGUGCCUUCACCCAUAAAUAGGAAAACGAAAUGAGAUACGAUAGCCAAUUGUACAAUCAUUGAAGAAAUAGUACUUCCAGACCACAACAGAACCCAAAAUCAUUGUACAUACGCAAACAAAAUUGAUGUUUUCCAAUUAAACGUGAAUUGCCUCAUUCGUACAUCAAGUUCAAUUUUCAUUUGUGCUUAAAAACAUGAAACCAACUUUCAUAUCGUUCAACUUGUGCAUAAUCAAAAUAGCUAAAACGAAAGUAAAAGGGAAAUUACAUAUAAUUAGUGAGAAAUAUCAAACUUUUCUUUCCCUCGAUUAUUUAUACACAUUUUUGGUAUACAAUUUUUUUUUUGUUUAUUUUUUUUUUUUUAAUGUUUUAAUUUGCAUAAACAAAAUCGAGAAAUGAAAAUGCCUUUAGGGAACAAAUAACUAGCGCGGAAAGGAAAGAGAUAGGUUUAGGUAUAAAAAAAAAAAAAAUGAAAGAUAUUGAACAGAUCGGAGCCGAAAUGUAUUUUUUGUGUAUGCGAAUAUGUGAAUAGGUCGACGAUGGCCGAAGAACGUGUUACAAUUGCAAAAUUAACUUAGCCACUAAGCAUUAGUCUUAAGUUAGCUGACAAACUGAAUACUAAAUUGUAAGCCACAAUGCAUAUAGCAAUGUAAAAAAGAAAAUGAAACAAAAAAAAAACAAACAACAAAUCAAAUCUAAUGGAACCUAACGAGAACAUUUAAGUGUAAUUUAAGUGUAAAUAAAAUAGUUGUUAACAAAUCACAAAACAAACGAAAGCAAGAAACCAACAAUAGUGUAAUGUCUUCACGUCUAACUGCCUUCGAAAGAUUCAAGAAUUAUUGAAAUUUAAGCAAGCCCACAUUUUGAAUGCGAAGUUAGUAUUCUCUUAAAACACGACUGCAAAUUGCUUCACUUCAACCUUGUACUUUCAACACAUUUUUUUUUUUUUGUUAGAGCAACAACAACAACAGCAACCAACAAUUAACAAUUAACAAUUAACAGACGGACGGAGAACUGGACAAACGGACAAGCCGACAAACGGACAGACACAACGGACAAAUAGAUCGAAAAGCCUAAAUAAGUGUAUUUGGUUUCAAGAACUUUGAAAAAGCAAAACUUAAUAUUAAUAUAGUAUACAGAUAUAUUUUUGAUUAUUAUGUAUUUAAUGAGAAACAAUGAAACGAUUAAUGAUAAUGAUGCAAGUAUCGAUGAUAACUAAGUGAAAACAAAUUGAGAAAUCAAAUAGCAUAAUUCUGUUUUUGUUUUGCCGUAAAGACUGCAUUAUACCAACAAUUAAUUAUAUACAAACAUAAUAAAUAAUUAACUGAUAAAUGGGGCGAGUAAGCUUUGCAACUAAGCUGAGAACAAAACGGAUGGAUAAACAUUUAAAGCAAGCAUACAAAAAAAGAAAAACAAACAAAAAAAAAAAGAAGAAGCAAACCAUGGAAAAUAAAACCAAGAAACAUUUAUUUAUUAGAUCCUAAGUGAAGACUACGAUUUGCUAGCGGAGAUCAAGUCAGGCCAGAGCGGACCUUCAAGGUACCGCAUCCAAGUACGAAAAGCAAGAUGAAAUUACCUUACCAAAAUGUGCUAGCCCUCGAAAAUCCACCAUUAUCUCCAUGGUGGUAAUCAAAUGAUUAUUCGCGAGGGCGAGUCUACAAGAAAAAAGUCCAUAAUAGGGCGAGUAAUCGGAGUAAUUAGUAACACUAUCUAUCGUAUGAUAAAUCAAUUACCAACUAAACUGGGCUAACAAAACACGUAUAUCCACUAAGAUUUAUAGUUUUCCCCUAAUCCCCUGAAACUAAUUCUAAGUACAUAAGUUGCAAGCAAAACGCUAAGAAAAAAAAAAAAAGAACCUAAAAGUUAGUUAUAUACACACAAAAGAGGAUAUAUGAAUGAGUGAAUGGCGGUAAGAAGGAAGGAUGUGCGUUUACUUUGGUUUUGAGAUUGUUUGCCGCAGCUUCACAUCUCGAGCGAAACUGUGCGGUUUUUUUGAAAACGUCAGUUUUGAAAAAAAAAAACCAGAACUGGCGAUUUCAAGCACCGAGCGUCGUUUGUCUUUCAAUAUUUAUCAAAAAAAAAACACACACACACACAAAUACACACAGAAAGAACUCAUUUGAUGUAUUUAGUUUAACGUUUAGCCACUAGUUUCGAGGAACGUUAAAAAAUGCCUUUCCUGAACUGCAGUCAACACUCAAAUAAGCGACAAACAAACAAAAUGAGAAAAGAAAAAAAGGAAACCAACCAACCAAAUGAAAGCAAAUUGUUUGAAUAAAAAUCAAAUUACAU